AUGUGUCCUUCAAAAUUCUUGAAUUUCUCAAAGUCAGCCUAUGUGCCAUGCGAAGCCCAGGGCUUGGAUGCUGUCCAAUUGGCGCUGGAACAAAUCGACAUAAUCAGGCGCCUGACAGACAUGUAUCACCAGGACACGGUGUUGGUGCAGUCGUCGAAGGACAUUCAAAUGGCCCAGAGGCAGGGCUUAAUCUCAUCACUGAUUGGCAUUGAGGGUGGUCAUGCAAUUGGCUCUUCGCUGGGGGUACUGAGGUCCUUUUACUCCUUGGGUGCCCGCUAUUUGAGUUUAACCCAUAAAUGCGACGUGUCCUGGGCCGGCUCCAGCUCAACGGCCAUUGAUGCAGGGCUGUCGCAAUUUGGCAAGGCCAUAAUUCGAGAAAUGAAUCGGCUGGGCAUGAUGAUUGAUUUGUCCUAUAGCUCGGAUAACACCGCCAGGGAUGUGCUGUCCGCCACCAGGGCUCCAGUGAUUUUUUCCCAUUCGGGCGCCAGACAGUUGUGUAACUCCACGAGGAAUGUCCCAGAUGAUAUUCUACGCCUGGUGGCUGAAAAUGGUGGACUGGUAAUGGUGAGUUUUGAUUAGGAUGUGGCCUGUGGCCGCCAGUCCCGGCUCAAGGAUGUGGUGGACCACAUCAAAUAUAUCAGGACCAUUGCUGGCAUACAACACAUUGGUCUGGGCGCCGGGUACGAUGGCAUUGAACUGCCCCCCAUUGGCCUGGAAGAUGUCUCCAAAUAUCCCGAUUUGCUGGCCACCCUCCUGGAGGAUCCCAACUGGAGUGAGGAGGACAUUGCCAUGUUGGCGGGUAAGAAUUUCCUACGCAUCAUGGAGACGGUGGAGAAUGUGCGCGACUAUUGGAAACGGGCAGCCAUACAACCCAUUGAACAGACUGAACCCCAGCCCAAGAGUCAGUGUGCCUAUAUGGCAUCGUGACCCCAGGCCCAGGCAGUGGUGCGUAAGACCCGUUAUGCCGAUUUCUGGCAUUACGAAGCGCAGCAGGAAAAUGAGACCCA